AUGGCCAUCUCAGACUCCCACAUCACCGAUCCUGUCCUCCUCUCAGUCCUUGCCGCAGCAUCAACCGCACGCGCUCAAUCCCUCGAACUACUGGACAUAAUCGCGGCAGCCAAGAACUCUUCCCAAGACACCGAAGACGCUGUCGCCGACUCAUCCCGCAAACUCACAGCCCGAAUCGCGCAGCUACGUGGCCUCAAUCGCAAAGCAAUAGUGAGCGUCCGAAACACGAAACAAGAAACCACCGAAGCGAGGCAGGAGAUUGAUGCGCUACAUUUGGUACUGCAAAACCUGUACUAUGAGCAGAGACAUCUGAGAGGAGAGAUCAGGGGCUGCGAAGGAUUCGACCACAAAUACCAACGCCUCCCGAUGCUGGCUGCUGAAGACUUCAUUGAGGCGCAUCCCGAAGCAGCAGAGAUGUCUGAACACGAUCUCACGAUUGCGCGGAUUGAGGAUGAACAUCGUGCGCGGCAGGCGCUAGAGGAGCAGAGAUUGGAGUUGGUGAAGAAGAAGGAGGCUUUAGUGAAGGAGACCAAUGCAAAGAAGGAGGAGUUGGGCAAGCUGGAUAUGGAAGUGGAGAAAUGGGUCGGUGGGCUCGACGGCGUGAAGAGCAUCUUCGAAGCGAGGGAGAAGAAAGAAAGGGAACGAUUGGAGAAGGAGAAUGAGAAGAUGGAGGAAGAAAAUGGCACUUGA